GUGGAGGACGACUUCGCCGCGUUCUUGCAGGAGGGCAACACCGAGGCAGCGUGGCGACUUCUGUCGGGCAAGGCCGAGGACGCCUUCGCCUUGGACCAGAGGAGAGCUCGACCGCGGGGCGAGCCUGGCCGGCCUGUGCUCACUGAGGGCCACGCUGCCAAACCUCCCACCGUGCAGACGCUCCGCGAGCGCAAGCUGCGCAGAGCUGCUAGGCGGCUUGCCGCCGUGCUGCAAAAGGAGCGUGCUGGGCUCUUGGACGUCGACUAUGAGAAGGGCAAGCUCGCUGGCUACGUCCGGCACAUCGCGGACGCGUACCCGGACCUUGGCGACCUCCUGCAAUACCAGGGCGAGGAGCAGCUGGCUUACUUGCAGCACGCGGCUGAGGCGGAGGAAACUAGGGCCAAUCAGGCCCGCUUGGAAGGCUGGAAGGCGAAGGUCAAGACUGACCUCCCGAAACUGUCGCGUUGGGUCAAGGCAUCCUUGGCUGAGCCAAGGCUGAGCAGGCGGCAAAGGUUUGGGGCCAACUUUGGCAUCGUACCUGACGGACUUCAGCUUCGUGACCUCCUUGCUCGCCUUCACCUCCCUCGAGCCGCUGCUCCCGAAGUUCAAGUCUCUGGCGAAGUGCUACGGGCCAGGGCAUCGGCUCGCAAGGCAGCUGGGUGUGAUGAUUGGUCUGGCAGGCUGUGGCGGGGGCUUCCAUUGGAGUUCUUUGAUUCCUUGGCGGCCAUCUGGAACCUGGUCCUGAAGGGUGCUCCUAUCCCGGCCGCCUGGCUCCAAGUCCGCGUGUGUUUGAUCCCUAAGGAGGAGGGUGGGCAGCGACCUUUGGCCAUUGCUGCACUUGCUUGGAGGUUGGGCGCUACUGCAGUGGUGCAACAGUUGGAGGGCUGGAUCACGGCCGUUUUCCCUCCGGACUUGUUUGGCGGCCUUCCCGGGCGCUGCGCUGAAGACAUCCACUUCAGGCUCACGCACGCGCUGUUUGUCCAACGGGCCGGCGGGCCUGUUGCGGGCUGCAAGGCUGAUGUCAAGAAGUGCUUCGACACCGCGGACCCCAAGCUGGCCAUCCUGUGCCUCCGCGCAUUGGGCGCCCCGGAGCCCAUGCUGGACGUCAUUGACCGGUUCUACGGGCAGCACACUCGCUGGCUUUCGGUGGAUGGCAUGUUUUCCAGAUCCCCUAUUGAGGGUGCGGCGGCUCUCUUGCAGGGCUGCCCUUUCAGCCCCCUGAAUGCCAUGAUGGCAGUUUGGCUGGCUCGGGUCCAGGCGGCCGACACCCGCUGCAACUUUGCUGUCUACCUCGAUGACCGGACCAUUUGGACGCGUCAACUACGUGGAGCAGCAAGGUCCGUGCAGAGGGCCAUCGAGGCGGGCGCUGUUGCUGAUGAGGUGGUGGGCGUCCCGCAGCAGGUCACCUUCAAGUUGCUCGGGGUCCCCUACAACGUCUACCGGCAGGCGCCCGUGGCCACCUCGGGCAUCACCAAUAGGCUGGAGGGCCGGUGCAAGCGCAUUCAGCUCUGUGGGCAGUCCUACUCGGUGCGCAGGGCCUUGCUGGCUCGGUUGGUUGUUCCGCUCUUUCGCUGGUGUGCUCCUUGGAUCCGCCAGCUCAAGAGGCUCACGGCUCGGUGGGCGGGGGCUAUUGAGAGAGCAGUUUGGGGAGGCGCCAUCCCUCGUGGCCGCUCUCGCGCUUUGGCCUGGACCACUCUUGUUGGCUUGCAGUUCUUCCCUGACUACGUCAACGCGGAGGCUACAGUCUUGCAGGAGCACCGGCGGCUCCACCUUGCUCGGCACGCCAGGGAGGCUCCGAACACUCAGGCGGCCUUCGACUACUUUGGCUGGCGGCGCACGGGGGACACUUGGCUGUGCAGGCAGGGCUCUUUCAAGGCGGGCACGCUCAGUGCCGCUUCACUUCGACGGCUUCUUCGGAGGGAUGGGGCUUUCAAGCUUUUCAAGGCCGACACUAAGGUUAAGGAGGAGGGCGGCAUCGCUGCUGACUUCGACCUCACGCACCACCAGACCUUGGCGGGCAACGUUGAGGGCUACUUUGCCAGGGUUAUGGUGGGCGGUGCGUCUGAUGCCAGGCACGUUGUCCCGGCGCACAUCGACUUCACCUCGCGGCGGUGCACUUGUGGCCGCCCUGGCCCCACAAGGACUCACCUGACUUUCGAGUGCCCUUCGACGCCUUGGUUGCUGGAGAUGCGCACUGCCCUUGAACGGCGGCUCCUGCUUCCUCUUUGCCCUCGGCUUCCUUGCUGGGAGACUGCAGAUUACGACCCUGGCAUCGCGGAGGUGGCUGACUACCUUGGCGCUUUGGACGAGAAUCAGGCGCACUACUGCGCUACAGAUGGCGGGUGCCUGCUGGCCCGGG